AUGGCUGGGAAGCAGAUUGUCGCCGCAUUGGCAACUCUCAUUAACGCGAUGGGGUUCACCGGCGGCCGCCAAUGGCAGCCAAGGCGCAAGCGAACGCAGCGGGACAGGACGAUGCUCCAAUGCUACAACUGCCAGCGGCUGGGGCACACCGCGCGCGGGUGUAAGAACGCCGUCGCGUGCUUGAAGUGCGCGGCGGCUCACGACACCCGCAGCUGCACGAAGCCUCGUGGGGUAGCCUGCGUCUGCGCGAACUGCGGCGGACCGCAUGCCGCCAACUCGCGUAGCUGCGGCUACCUCCGCGAGUCACGCCGUCUACCCGCCGCACCACGCCCUGCGGCGACGUCAGGCGCCUCGACGGCUGCCCCGCCCCCCCGCUUCGGCGAGGGGUGCGAGCCGCGCCGACUUGAGGCCACCACCGACAAAGCUAUGGCCGGCUUCCAAGCCGCCUUCGCGGCCGAAAGGGCCGCACUGAUGGACGAGCUCACAGCUGUGCAAGGCCAGCUCCAGCAGCUACGCGACGAGCUGCGGGCCAUCAAGAAGCAGCCGCCAGAUCGCGCCGCCACCCCCGCCGUGAGUCGUCCGAUGGGGGUAGACGCGGCCACGCAAACCACCGCUCCUCCUGCAACAGUUCAGGAGGUGGCGCCCAUGGAGACAGAGGAGGUGCCGCCGAGGCUGCCCCCCUCCAAGGUGGCAGCCACAAGCAAGGGAACUACCGCGCCUCCUGACUGCUCGCAAGCCGAGCAACCAAAGAAGAAGAGGAAGGUGCGGCUACCAUUCCCAAGAGUGGACGAUGUGCAGGAAAUCCUCAAGUACACUGCCUCAUCACUGAAGAGCGGGUCGUACCCCCAAUCACAUCUCCCAUACCCCUACACCCCACCCGGCCAGUCUAAGCCUCCCCUCCCCCAUCAACCGCUCGACCUACGGACAUAUAGAUGGCGUACCAUACUAGCGUAA